UCACCCGCUCCUGUCUCAUCUGCAUCCAUGAGCCAUCACGACAUGGCUCUCGCAUCUCUCACUCAUGCAAACAACGUCCAAGACAUUCAUGAGGUCAGACAGGCAAUCACGCGUGGCUUCUACCAUGUCCGAGACUGGAACAGACUUCAACCUGGUUGGACUCCCCAUGACAGUAACCUCGUGUGCAAGCAUACCAGUCCUUGGAGAGACUUCCGUGGCCAGGGGGUUCCACCACUAGAACCUAUCCAUUACAAGAAAAUGUUCGGACAAGAAGGUGUCCUUCUCUGUGAAGACGGCAGAUCUGGAGCUCGAUGCCGUGUCUGGUUGCCUUGCGUCUUGCACUGCCACAAGUGCGAUACCUACAUCUGCAAGCAAUGCUCCGAAGAGCACCACCGGCCAGAAGUCAACGCAAAGCACCGUUUGAAGCCCGCCAGAAGCAGAAGACACGCAAAGCGUGCUCACAAGCGUGAGACUUGGGAUAUGGUGCAGAAGUUCUCUGGACAGAAGUUGUCGUAG